AUCUCCCAACUCACAAGCACUAGAAUGAUUUGUCUCUCCAUCCACCUUGCAAAGAUACAUAACUCAAAAACGUAUACACGAAAGGAAAACUCACUCACAAUAUCAGGAAAAAAAUAGAAACAAUGGAAGUGACUAUGUCUUUGAAUCCACUUUUUAGAUUACCCCUUUCAAAUUCAAGAAGCCAUGAAGAUUUGUCACUGCUUAAACAUUCACUGCUCUCCACAAGAACAAUAAGAACAACCCAAAAGAGAAAAUUGUUAGUCGUUGAAGCAAAGGGAAGGAAAGGAGGUAUGGCUGCUCGUCAAUACCAACGUAUGGCUCCUCCUAUGCCCAAGAUUGAAGAUGAUGGAAACCCCAAAUUCGUUAUUUUUAUACGAAUGGCUAAUGUUUAUCUUUGGUACCCCCUCAAUAUCGUAACCGGUGGAACGACUGCAAAAAUUAUGGUUGCUGCAAAAGACAAUUUCCUUGGGAAAUAUAUAUACAAAGAUACUCUGGCUAGGAAUCUCGCAGCAGUGAUUUACAAUGAUGAGAAGGAAAUACAGAAAUUGGCAAUGAAACAGCAUCGUGUAUUGAAGUCCGCAACAGAAUUUAGAUAUGGAUACAAACUUGUCGAGAACAACAAUUUGAGGGCUGCCCUUUCUACGUCAGAUGUGAUUGAGCUUCCGACCCCAGAUAAGCUUAAAACCGUUGUUGAUAAGGUGAAGGACUUUUUCGGAGAUGCUAAGGAGUCAUUUGGUAAGCUGACAGCCCUUCCAGCGUCGGAGUCAUCAGAGGAAGUUUCACCAAAAGAAGGAUCCAAAGAUAAAAUCAGGGCCAAGAAGUGAAAACGAGCUCCCAUAGACGAGAAAACUGAGGAACUAUACUCCAAACUUCAAAGCAUACUUGUUAAACAAAAAGUGUACUGUCCUUGAUUUUCCAUGCUUUUGAUUGAUUAGACUGUAAUAUACUGGACAAACUCUACUGGAAUUUUUUGUUAAAUAACCUUAAUUUAGUUAAGAUGAAAUGCAUCAGUAAGGUUUUUGUCAGCCA